GUGACUUGCAAGUUUAAAAAAGUAACAAGACGCUACACACGAUGUUACACACUUGUAUGUUAUUAUUUAUGUCAGAAAAACAAAACUAUGACGAGAUACAUUUGCGUCUUUCUACUUCCGCUUACCUCACAGCUGCCCGCACGUGAAAGUUCGUUGACUUGUUGGUGCCUGGGGGGGGGGAAACCUUUAAAGAUGUCGUCGUCCACUGCAGCGCUUCGCUUCUGCGCCAACAUUAGUUGGCUGUUCACCGAGCUGCCAGACUUCCCGCAGCGGAUGCACGCGGCUGCUGCAGCCGGCUUCCGAGCCGUGGAGGCAGCCUGGCUCUAUGACGCCGACCCGCUGGAACUCCGACGGGCCAAAGACGACCACGGCCUGGAGGUCGUCCUCAUCAAUACGCCACCCGGUGACCUCAAGGCGGGCGAGCUGGGCUUGGCGGCGGUACCGGGACGAGAAGAAGACUUCAAACGAGGGUUGGAUCAGGCCAUCGAGUACGCACGAGCUCUGGACUGCAAAAGGAUUCACUUGAUGGCCGGCCGGGUUCCGCCGGGGAUGGAUGGUGGCCCUGCGGUCGUUCGGGAGAUGGAGGCGGUCUUCGUGCGGAACCUCAACUACGCUGCCAAGCUGCUUUCGAAGGAAGGAAUCACUGGCCUGAUUGAGCCCAUCAACACGCGGGUGACUGACGCUCGAUAUUUCCUGUCGUCGCCUCACUACGCUGCCACCAUCUUGGGAAAAGUUGCCAAAGAUAACAUCAAACUGCAAAUGGAUGUUUUCCAUUGGCAAAUUAUGGAUGGGAACCUGACGCAAAACAUGCAGCGAUACUUGCCUCUCCUGGGUCACGUACAGGUGGCUCAGGUUCCCGGCAGGAACGAGCCAGACAGCGAGGGCGAGAUCAACUACAACUAUAUCUUCUCCAUGCUGGAAGCGCUUGGCUACCGUGGCUACGUCGGCUGCGAAUACAAGCCGCUAGGGAGCACGCAGGAAGGUUUGGGUUGGCUCAAAGAUUACUGGACACGCAGGAAGUGAUGCGACACAGCGAAAGGAGCACUCAAGAGGUUCACAUUAUGAAAGUGGCCCAUGCCAAGUCAACACGCCAGCCCAGUCCCAAAAAUGAAAUCUGAUCGAAUGACGGUCAGAUUUAUUGAGCGUUUGUCAGCAUGCAUGAAGUGGCUUGUACUGUGCACCAUAGACAACAGAGGUGCAAUUAAUCAUCAAUUUAAUAUGUAAUUACUUUUUUUAUGUUUUUAAUUAAAACAAAUGGUGGCAUUUUAGUGUCACCAGUCAAUAUUCUCCGA